AUGAGUGAACAAGUAGCCAAACAAAAUAUUUCCACAUCAAGUUUAAAAAGCAGUGCAACUGCAACUUUAUCAUCAAAUACUGUUGGAUCAAAACGACAUAUGACUCAAAAUUAUUCACUUAUCUGGCUUGAUGGCUCUGUCGAUUUAUCAGAAGAAGAUUGGCAAACGAAACUUACUCAAAUACAAAGUAUGGUCAAUGAUGUGCACAUGUUUACACAGUCCGAUGAAUGUCUCGAGUUUCUUAAAAAUACUAUUGUGGAAAAAGUUUUUCUCAUUGCUUCAGGAUACUCAGGUCAAGAUCUCGUGCCAAAAAUUCAUAGUAUGUCACAGUUACAUGCAAUUUACAUCUUGUGUGGUAAUGCGACACGACACAAAGCUUGGGCCACAGCUUGGUCGAAGAUUCAAGGUGUCUUCACUUCCGUCGAGCAAAUCUGCAAGUCAUUAAAAAAUAUUAUUCGCGAAUGUGACCAUGAAGCUAUGCCAAUCAGCUUUAUUCCGAAGGAGAUGACAGCAGUAACAUCAGUGUUAGAUAAACAAAAUCUUGACAAAUUAGAUCCAUCUUACAUGUAUUCAGUUCUGUUCAAACAAACCAUAUUGGAAACCGACGAAGAUGAUAUGAAAGCGAUACAUAAACUAGCAACUUACUGUCAUCAACAUCAGAUCUUCGACGUGCAAGUGAAGCGUUUACAACGUGAAUAUCGUUUUAAGUCGCCAAUUUGGUGGUAUACUGAUACAAGUUUUCUGUACGGCAUGCUUAACAAGGCUAUACGUUCAUUUGACAUGGAGAGUCUAACUAAAAUGGGAUUUCUCAUUCGAAAUGUACAUCGACAAUUAGAACAAUUACAUAAUGAGCAAUGGAAUGAUAAUAUGACACCUUUUACUGUUUAUCGUGGUCAGGGAUUUUUCCAGCGAGAUUUUGAACAUCUACUCAAUACAGAAGGUGGAUUUAUCUCAUUCAAUAACUUCUUAUCUACUAGUAAAGAAAAAAGUGUAGCAAUGGAUUUCGUUCAACAUGAAUUGAACAAAUUUGAAGACAUUAUUGGCGUACUGUUUAUUAUGACAAUCGAUCCGAGUAAAGUUUCGUCUUCGACUACUCCGUUUGCUCUUAUCGACAACUAUAGUGCUGUUCCACAAGAAAAAGAAAUUCUUUUCUCAAUACACACAGUUUUUCGUGUCAAUGAAAGUAAACAAACGGUUAACAAUAGUCGUCUAUGGGAAGUACAAUUGACUAUUACAGACGAUAAUGAUCCUCAAUUAUCAGUUCUAGUCCAUCAUGUACACGAAACUGUUGAUGGUGAAGGAUGGGAUCGCAUAGGUAAACUAAUGCUCCAAGUUGGUCAGUUCAAUCGAGCUGAAGAACUCUACCAUGAGUACCUCAAGACAUCAUCGAACGAUAGUGAUACAGCACAUAUCUAUCAUCAACUUGGAUGGGCCAAAUGGAGUCAAGGAAAAUACAAAGAAGCAGUUACAUUUUAUGAAAAAUCCCUCGAAAUGAAGAAAACAAUUCUCCCUUCAGAUCAUCCAUCUUUGGCUAUUUCCUAUAAUAACAUCGGCCAAGUGUAUCACAACAUGGGCGAUUACGUGCAGGCACUCGAGUUUUACCAAAAAGCAUUCAAAAUGAGAGAAAAAGUCUUGUCUCCAAAUGAUCCAGAACUGGCAAUAUCCUACAAUAACAUGGCAGUCGUCUAUUGCGAUAUGGAUAACUAUUCUAGAGCUCUCGAAUAUCACAGUCAAGCUCUUAGAAUAAAAGAAAAUUCUCUGCCUCCACAACAUUCUGAUUUAGCUAUCUCUUACAAUAAUAUUGGUCAAGUUUAUAAUAACAUGGGUGAAUAUUCUAAAGCACUUGAAUUUUAUGAAAAGGCACAUACUAUAAAAGAAAAGCACUUACCUGUAAAUCAUCCCGAUUUAGCUAUUUCCUACAAUAAUAUUGGUCAAGUUUACAAUAACAUGGGUGAUUAUCCCAAGGCACUGGAAUUUUACAGAAAAUCACAUAAAAUAAAAGGAAAAUCUCUACCACCCAAUCAUCCUGAUUUAGCUAUUUCGUACAACAAUAUCGGUGCCGUCUACAAUAAUAUAGGUGAUUAUACUAAAGUCAUUGAAUUUUACGAAAAAGCGCAUAAAAUAAAAGAAAACUCACUGCCACCCAAUCAUCCAGAUUUAGCUAUUUCCUACAAUAAUAUUGGCCAAGUAUAUAACAAUAAGGGCGAUUACUCGAAAGCACUUGAAUAUUACGACAAGGCACAUCAGAUAAAAGAAAAAUCUUUGCCUAGUAAUCAUCUCGAUUUGGCAAUUUCCUACAACAACAUUGGUGCAGUGUAUAACAACAUGGGUGACUAUUUGAAAACACUUGAAUUUUACAAGAAAGCACAUGAAAUCUAUGAAAAAUCUCUACCACCGAAUCAUUCUGAUCUGGCUAUUUCGUAUAGUAAUAUUGGCCAAGUAUACAAUAAUAUGGGUGAUUAUUUGCUGGCACUUGAAUUUUAUGAAAAAGCUCAAGACAUAAGAGAAAUAGCUUUGCCUCCGGAUCAUCCCUAUUUGGCUGAUAGUCAAUUGGAUUUUGCAGCAUGUUACGAAAGAAUGGGUGACUACUCAACAGCUCUAAAAGCUCUUCAAAAAGCGUCACAAAUUCAACAAAAGACAUUUCAAGGCGGUAAUACAGCUUUUGCUUCUACAUACAGUUGGUUCGGAAGAGUUUAUCGCAGCAUGAAAAAUUACUCAAAGGCGCUAGAGUAUUAUGAGAACUGUCUCGAAAUAGAGAAAAAAACAUUACAUGAAAGACAUCCUCAUUUAGCUAUAUCCUACAGUAAUGUUGGUGACGUUCAUCGACUAAUGGGAUAUUACGAAAGGGCAAUCACAUUUCAUACAAAAGCAUUGAACAUUCAAGAACAUAUUCAAUGUAAUCCUCUAGAAUUAGCAACGACAUACACGAAUAUAGGUAAAACUUAUCGUGAAAUGAAAGAUUAUUCAACAGCAUUAACAUAUUUUCAAAAAGGAUUACAUAUUCGUGAAAAUAAACUGUCAAAGAAUCAUCCUGAUCUAGCUGUUAUGUAUCAUAAUUUCGCAAAAUUAUAUUUGGCUACUCAGCAAUAUAGUCUGGCUAUGAAAAAUAUUCAACAGGCAUUAGAUAUUGCACAAGAAAAAUUGUUUGAGAAUCAUCCUCAUCUACUGAAUUAUAGAGAAACAUUUCAAAAGAUACAAGAACAUGUGUAG